CAAACGCACGUUCGUUUCGUCGUUUGCGUUUUUCUCUCUUGCUACAAGUUGACGAGUGCUUUCCAAGUCGCGUAAUUUUUCACUAAUUUCUCCCCCGCAACUUUCGCGUGUCCGCGCGGAACAUUUUUGGAAAGUUGCAAGCUAAACUGCGGCAGCAGAAGUGAUGAAGUGCCACUACGAAGUGCUGGGCGUCGAACGGAGCGCCAACGACGAUGAAAUCAAGAAAGCGUACCGCAAGCUGGCGCUCCGCUGGCACCCGGAUAAAAAUCUGGACAACCCGGAGGAGGCGAACCAGCAGUUUCUGCUGGUGCAGGCGGCGUACGAUGUGCUUUCGGAUAUGCAGGAACGGGCCUGGUACGAUAACCAUCGGGAGCAGAUCUUGCGCGGUGGCCACACCAACUACGAGGACAACUCGUUGGACUUGUUCCAGUAUUUUACGACUUCGUGUUACAAGGGAUUUGGGGACGAUGAGGGAGGAUUUUAUGCGGUGUAUGGAGAAGUGUUCCAUACGAUAGCCUCCGAGGAGAUUGAAUUCUUGGAAAAUGAGGAGGACUUCGAGGAUAUUCCAAAGUUUGGCAACUCCAAGAGUGAUUACGAGACGGAAGUUCGAUUGUUCUACGCGUACUGGGAGGGAUACUGCACGAAGAAGAGCUAUGCGUGGUUGAACCCUCACAACAUCAGCGAGAUUCGGGAUCGAAGGAUCUUGAAGGCGAUCGAGAAGGAAAACAAGAAAGUUCAGCAGAAGGCACGGAAGGAAAGGAAUGAAGAAAUCCGGUCGCUGGUGAUGUUCGUGAAGAAGCGAGACAAGCGUGUGCAGGCUUACAAAAAGUUGUUGGAGGAACGAGCCGAGCAGAAUAGGAUCAAGUCGCAGCAGAAUCGGCUGGAGCAGAUCCGGCGAAAGCAGAAGGAGAUCGAAGAGCAACAGCGGAAUUCGUCGAAUGUGUUCAAUGAGGCAUACGAGGAGCAGCUGAGGAAACUGGAAGAAUCGUACGCAGACGCCUCGGAGGAAUCUUCGGAUGACGAGGAAGAAACGAUGCAAGCCAUGGGAGACGCUAUGAAUGGAUUGAUCAUCAGUCAGAACGAGGAUGGAGAGGAAACUUUCUACGUGGACGAUCUCUACUGUGUGGCUUGUGAUAAAAUGUUCAACAAUAAGAAGUCCUACGAAAAUCAUGAAUCGUCCAAGAAACACAAGCAGAAUGUGGAUUUGCUUCGAGAGCAAAUGCGGAAGGACGAUCAGGCUGCUGCGAGAAACGGCGAAGAAGAACAUUCGCCUCAAAAGGAUGAAUCUCCUCAAGACGAAGAAGCGAGUGAGGUAGAAGAAGAAGAGGAGGAAAUUGUUAAGGCGAAGUCUAAAAAGGGCAAAAAUAAGAAAAAGCCUGUCAAGAAGAUGGAACCUUCCGACGAAGAAGAGCAUGUUGAUAUCCUGCUACCAGGUGCUUCCAAGGUCGAAAGUGAUGAUGAUUGGGGAGAUUCAAAGAAGACUAAAAAGGGCAAAUCCAAGGGAAAGGAAGCUGGACAAAGUAAAGCGAAGACCGCAAAAGAAGUUCCAAUGAAAGAUGCGCCUAAACCGGAGGUAGAAACGGUCAAACCAAGCGAACAAACCACAGAAGAUCCUGAAUCGAGUGCCGACGUUGAUCACAAGUGCGUCACUUGUAAUGAAAAGUUUAGUUCUAAGAAUAAGUUGUUCAACCAUCUCAAACAGACGGGACAUAGCGUCUACGUUGACAAACUGAAGGCUCAGAAAGCCGAAGGCGAACGAAGCAAAGGUGGAAAGAAGCGGAAAUAGAUGUUUCGCGCUAACUUUAAUUUAUCCUGUAAAUAAUUAGGAAUCCUACAUCAAUUCAUGACCCAACGUUCCUUCAUUUUCAAUAUACUGCUCCUUCUAAGAUACAAACUUCCUAUUUAUACCGAA